AUGAAAGCUCAAGCUGAACGUGAUAUACUUAUUGAAUUAGAAAGUGAGGUUAAUGAAGAGCAGAUAUCAGAUCUGGAAGACGAUGAGAAUAUGACAAAUAGUGAAGAGUGGGAACAUGUUGACUUGAUAGCUGAUGUAAUAGAAAACGUAGCAUUUAGAAGAUUGGGAUGCAUUGCACAUGUUAUACAGCUAGUUGUAAAACUUGCAUAUGAUGGUAAAUAUCAUGGCUUACUUUUGAAAGUACGUGGAUUAGUGGGAAAAGUUCGCAAAUCUUCUGUUGCAUUGGAAAAAAUUAUCAACAAAUGUGGUAAGACUGUGAUCAGCGACUGUUCUACAAGGUGGAACAGCACUUACUUUAUGGUUCGGAGAUUUCUGGAAAUAAAGACAUCUAUCAACGAAGUGCGUGGAGACCUUAACAUUGAUUCACUUGCCAAUAGCGAAUGGAUAAUGCUUCAGGAUUUUGUCAAUCUUUUAGAACCUUUUGCCAAUGAAACUGAUAUUCUUCAGACGGAUGCACUUUCACUAUCCAGUGUUAUACCUUCAAUACUUAAUUUAGAAUGUCACCUUGAGCAAUUUGGAGAUGCCAAAGAUGUAGCAGUUAAAAUGCUUGAAGAUCUACGCCGUCGUUUUGCCAUUCUUUUGCAGCCAAACGAUCCUAAUUUUAAUCCACUGCCAUGUGCCGCAUGUCUACUUGACCCCACAUGUGCAAUAGCUCUUUUAGGUAAUGAGCAUACACAAAUCAGAGAGUGUGCAAAGAAAUACAUUUUGUCAGAGGCUAAAAAAUCGGUGCAACAUGAUUUACCUUUAGCAAGUGCAUCUACUCUUUCUGUUGAGAUUGCUCUAGAAAUAAAUGGAUUAACAAAUUGGAAAUUUUUAGCGGCAAAACAGCGAGUAGAAAAAAUAAAGCUUAUUCCAGGUAAUGAAGCACAAAAUGAACUCAACAAAUAUUUUAUUGAAAUAAGGAACAGCUCUAUGUGCCAAAAUGCUUUAAAUUUCUGGAAGAUGAGACGUGCUGUUUACCCACAUAUUGCACCAUUAGCUGAAGACCUCAUUGCAGCUCCUGCAACUCAAGCAUAUGUUGAAAGACUUUUUUCAAUCUGUGGCUUGCUCACAAAUGGACGGAGAAAUCGAAUGUCAGCGUCAUUGGAAAUGCGAGUUUUCUUAAAACUAAAUUCUCAUCUAGUCUAG